UUCGACAUUAGCGAAUUCGCGACGACGACUCUACUAACAUCACAGCAUCCAACGUCGCCACGAUGCCUUCCACAAGACUGACCUACCGCCGAAGGAACCCAUACAACACCAAGUCGAACAAGGUUCGCGUCAUCAAGACCCCCGGCGGUGAACUACGAUACCUGCACAUCAAGAAGCGCGGCACUGCGCCUAAAUGCGGUGACUGUGGCAUCAAGCUCCCGGGUAUUCCCGCCCUCCGUCCCCGCGAAUACGCCACCGUCUCUCGCCCUAAGAAGACCGUCCAGCGUGCCUACGGUGGCUCGCGCUGCGCCAACUGUGUCAAGGACCGCAUUACCCGAGCAUUCCUAAUUGAGGAGCAGAAGAUCGUGAAGAAGGUGUUGAAGGAAAGCCAAAAGAAGCGUUAA